GUUGCUGGUACUUAGGUAGGCACGUGCCAUGCCCCGCCAGAGAUUGUUGGGUACCCUGAGCUGUAUUCUAAUUGGGAAGCUGUCAAGCAUAGCAUAACAUAACUUGGGUGACUACUACCUCAUACUUGGAAGACGCAAUACCAUACCAAACCUGCCAUACACAUACCGUAGGAUCCGUAGCAUUCACCUCAACUGCAACACAAUCACGUUUUCUACUGACUGAUAAUCACACGCCACACUACCCCUCGCCACGCCUAAUCUAAAGGUUCUUCCUAUAAUCAGGAGUACUCCCACACUCACUGUACAGCCUCGCAUCAGAUUGCGAUCGCAUCGCACGACACCCCUCAAGCAGAACUGAACAAGUCUUACUCUAUUAAACGUGCGCCAGCUUAGACCUCCCGGAAUACCAUACCGCCACGAUGCAGGCAAUGCCAGAUUCGCGCCAGCAGAGCUUCGAGGAGAUCUACGGCCCUCCAGAGAAUUUCCUAGAGAUAGAAGUAAGUGUCUCAUGCAUUGUAUCAUCUAUCUAUACACCUUUACUAACCUUCUUUUUCAGGUCCGUAAUCCCAAAACCCAUGGAAUGGGUCGCAAUAUGUACACAGACUACGAAAUUGUAUGCCGAACCAACAUCCCCGCCUUCAAGUUGCGACAGAGCAGCGUGCGCAGACGCUACUCGGAUUUCGAAUACUUUCGUGAUAUCUUGGAGCGAGAAUCGGCGCGUGUGACCAUUCCACCGUUGCCAGGAAAGGUCUUUACAAAUCGCUUUAGUGACGAUGUGAUUGAGCACAGAAGGGAAGGGCUACAGCGGUUCUUGCAGAUUGUAGUUGGCCAUCCUCUUUUGCAGACUGGUAGUAAGGUGUUGGCGGGCUUCGUUCAAGGUGAGUUGAGCACCCCACUCCAAGUACUCUCGUCAAGCGUGGGCGUAGAGAAGAAUAGAGAAAGCUUGUGUCAUUCAUACAUCCGAUAUCGCUACACUACGGAAUCAAUGCUAACACCUACUUUACAUAGAUCCAAACUGGGACCGUAACGCUUGGUGAAGUUUAGCCGCCUUGAACAACGAUGAAGAAAUGGUGAAACGUAGACCACGGAAGCUACAAAAGCGACGACCGAGUACGAUGAUAAUGACCCAACCGCACGAUAUUUAUUUCCUGCAAAAAGCGCGAACCGUUUGAGUCUCCAUUGAUGGGGGUGUGGGGUUAAGGGGUUUAUUGAGGAAGGGCAAAUACCUUUUUUCCCUUUGCUUUGUAUGGGAGGGGCAUUAGGGAUAUUCCAAUGUAUCCACAGG